UGCCAGCGGAAGCGUUUAUGUGACCGGCGCACGCUGCUGAAUCCCGCGCGGGCGCUGCCAUUUGCUCUUUUCUUCAUAGCGCGUCGCGCCGAACACAAAGUGCUGAGAUAGUCCCGCUGCUGAGUCACAAUUUAACUCUCUCUCUCAAUCAACUAUGGCAGAGAACGACCCACAGGUUCAGUUUAAGCUGGUUCUCGUGGGAGAUGGUGGCACGGGAAAGACUACCUUUGUGAAGAGACACUUGACAGGAGAGUUUGAAAAGAGAUACGUUGCAACUCUGGGUGUUGAAGUGCAUCCCUUGGUCUUCCACACUAACAGAGGCGCCAUCAAAUACAACGUGUGGGACACAGCUGGACAGGAGAAAUUCGGAGGCCUGCGAGAUGGAUACUACAUUCAGGCUCAGUGUGCAAUCAUCAUGUUUGACGUGACCUCACGAGUGACUUACAAGAAUGUUCCCAACUGGCAUCGUGACCUGGUGCGUGUGUGUGAGAAUAUUCCCAUAGUGCUGUGUGGCAACAAAGUGGACAUCAAGGACAGGAAGGUGAAAGCUAAGAGCAUUGUGUUCCACCGCAAGAAGAACUUACAGUACUACGACAUCUCCGCCAAGAGUAAUUAUAACUUUGAGAAGCCAUUCCUGUGGCUUGCACGAAAGCUGAUCGGAGAUCCCAACUUGGAGUUUGUGGAGAUGCCUGCUCUCGCCCCACCCGAAAUCGCCAUGGACCCAUCACUUGCUGCACAGUACGAGCAUGACCUUAAAGUGGCAUCAGAAACAGCUCUGCCAGAUGAGGAUGAUGACCUCUAACCUGUUACCAGUUGACUUUUUUGUUUUUUUCCCCUUUCCUCUUGUGGUGUUGCUGGGUUUCCUCAGCAGUUGGAGUUUGCCCCCCCCUCCCCCUUUCUCUUCCUCAAUUCCCCUUUUACUGUAAACCCCCUCCCUCUUGCUCAGAUAUUUUAUUUUUCAAAUUGUUUUCAUUUUGUGUCUUCAGACUGAAUAAACAGUACAGUGAUUAUUGAAUCGUAGACAUGCUCAUAUUGACGCCACCAUUCAAACUCACUCUAGGACACAUUUGCGUUCAUUUAGACGUGUGUACACACUCAUGGGCGUGAGAUUGAGUGCACCAGUGCUUAUACUCCCUCUGUUACCCCUUUUCCACCAAAUCCGUUCCAGGGCUGGUUUGGGGCCGGCGCUGGUUCACAACUUGAGAACCAGUUUGCUUUUCCAUAGCUUGGGGUGCUAAGGGGAGCAAUGUCAUUACGUCACUGUAUGUGUCAGUUACGUCACUGCGUUUGCGUGAACAUCGAAGCAGCAACAACACUGAGGAGAAGAAGAAGAAGCAGCAACAACAAUAAUGGACGACUGCUGCUUUACUGCAUCCAUGAUCUCAUCACUUAUUUAAAUUUAGCACCCUCUCGUGGUCUUGCUAUUGUUGGUCUUAACAACUCCGCUGCCCCCCCCCGCGCUGAUGUAAGCAGUUCUUUCCUCUAGCCCAGCAAAGAGCUGGUGCUACCCUGGAACUGGUUUUUCUGGCCCAGAGCCAGUUCUUUGUCAGUGGAAACAGAAAACCCAGUUCCAAACUAAGCACUGGCCCCCAACCAGCCCUGGAACAGAUUUGGUGGAAAAGGGGUAUGUGUGGCUUUAAGCACUUUGAGAACAACUUUGAAUAAAAACAUUCUCCGUAUA